CAACAGUGUUUUCAAGCUGGAGAAACACAUGUACGGACUGAAAAACGAAACGGGGCAUUUUUGGAACUAUCUCAUUUCUUUUAUAAAAUCAUACACUGCCCAAUUUCGUCUCAUGUAUGUAUGACUGGUAAGCUGAGAGAGAACCAGUACAGAAUUUGUGAAAAUGGAGAUUCAACAAUUGGUAGUCGCUGUGAUUCUCUCAUCGUUAAUCGCAAUUAGAGCUUACAAAAGAAAAUCCCUUGAUGGAUCGGGUGCAAUUGCUGGGUUUCUAAUCAUGUCUGGCCAUAUUGCAAUUGGAUACAGGUUUGGAGCUUUAAUACUUGUGUUCUUCUUUACUUCGUCUAAACUUACAAAAGUUGGAGAAGACAAGAAGAGAAGUAUUGAUGCUGAGUUUAAAGAAGGGGGGCAAAGAAAUUGGAUUCAAGUUCUAGCGAAUAGCGGAAUUGCAAUGGUUUUGCUUGUGAUUCUUGGGAAAAUGUCAGGAUGGCAAGACAAGUGCUUAGAUUCACAAGAGUCGUCACUUAUUACAUGCCUUAUUGGUGGUGUAAUUGGACAUUAUGCUUGCUGUAAUGGAGAUACUUGGUCAUCUGAGAUUGGGAUGCUUAGCAAUGGUCAGCCACGCCUAAUUACAACUUUCAAGCCAGUUCGAAAGGGUACAAAUGGUGCAGUGACAACUACAGGAUUAUUAGCAGCUGCAGCAGCAGGCACUGUUGUUGGGUUGACAUUUGUUAUCUCUGGAUACUUUACAACGAAAUGCUCGUCUGACGUAGCACUGAAGCAGUUAUUGGUAAUACCUCUUGCUGCAAUUGCGGGAUUAGGCGGAAGUGUGAUAGACUCUUUGUUGGGGGCAACAAUGCAAUUUAGCGGGUUUUGCACCGUCAGAAACAAGGUGGUGGCAAAUCCUGGACCCACAGUGAAGAGGAUAUCUGGACUAAGCAUCCUGGACAACAAUGCCGUGAACCUGGUUUCAAUAUUGCUAACUACACUCCUAACUGCCAUUGCCUGCCUUUACAUUUUCUGAUUAUUAUUAGAUCUUCUCAACUCCUUUGCAACUCCCUUAUUGUUCACACGUAUACUCAUAGUUUCAACUCCUUUGUAACUCAUGGUUUCAUCAAUAUGAUUCAAGCGUGUUAAGAAUGUGUUUUUUGGAGUAGAACUCGGUUGCUUCAUAUUUGGAUGGUUAACAUGGUUGUUUUGGAUUCUUGCUUCAUCGAGUUAGGGAGGGAAAAUGUUGGUUAUCAUGACUGCCGCACAGCUGAAGAUCAGGUAUAAUGACGCUCAUCCUACCAGUUGCAAUUAUGGUAGGCUCUUUGGCUGUUCCAUUUGCUGUAACCUUAAUGGCACUGUAAUACAUAGAAGUAAAAAACAUUCGCAGGGACACUCAUCCUUUCAAACAAUUCAAAUUUGAUACUCUAUUAGCAUUUAUUGAUAGACUGGGAUAGUACAUAGAAUUUCCGUCUUAGC